AGUGCGUUCAACUGUGCGGCGAAUGCGGUCGAACGUUUAGUUGGACUGUGGUUGGGUGGUGCAGUGUGUUGAGUACUAAAACGUGAUGAAAUCUCCGUUGGCCUUGGUUUGCCUUCUGGGCUUCGUGGGCGCGUUUGUCCUGGAGCCGCAGCCGCAGCAGAAAGAUGGCGUUCAGCAAGUGCUCCGCAAUCAGCGGGCAUGGGAACGGAUGCACCGAGAGCCUCCGAUUCAGGGCGGUUCGCCGUCGCGCAAGGCCGCCCCCGUCGAGACGAAACACAUCAUGCAGCGGCUGGAUCACUUUGACCCGCAAAAUGUCAACACCUGGUCGAUGCGCUACAUGGCCAACGGUGAACACUACGUCGAGGGCGGCCCGCUGUUCAUCUACGUCGGCGGUGAGUGGGAAAUCUCCGCGGGAAGCAUCUCCCGUGGCCACGUGUACGAUAUGGCGGCCGAGCUGAAGGGUUAUCUGUUCUACACCGAGCAUCGUUUCUACGGCCAGAGCCAUCCGACUGUCGACCUACGUACUGAUAAACUGAAGUAUCUGAACAUCGAUCAGGCGCUGGCGGAUUUGGCGCACUUUGUGGUGGAGAUGCGCAAGACGAUCCCGGGUGCGGAGAAGUCGGGCGUUAUCAUGAUCGGUGGAUCGUACUCCGCCACCAUGGUGUCGUGGUUCCGCCAGAAGUACCCGCACCUGAUAAACGGAGCGUGGGCCUCAAGUGCUCCGGUGUUUGCCAAGGUUGAGUUUACCGAGUACAAGGAGAUUGUGACGGAGAGCAUCCGACUGGUCGGAGGACAGAGCUGUGCCGAUCGUAUUGAGCGGGCCAUCCGGCAGACAGAGGAGCUACUGGACCGCGGGGAGUACGCAAGUGUCGCGCAGGAGUUUCAGCUGUGCAGCGAUGUGGAUCUGUCCCAGCCGCUGGAUCGCAUGAACUUCUUCAGCAGUCUGUCGGAUGAGUUUGCGGGAGUGGUUCAGUAUCACUCGACCGGAGACAUUGAGGGUGUGUGCCAGGUCAUCGAGGAUGCCACCAUCACGGACGAUAUGCAAGCGCUGGCCAAGCUUGUGACGCGAGGUUUGACAUCGACCAACUGCAACAGCUAUGGCUACAAGGCUAUGGUUGAUUACUACAAAAACACCGCCUGGAAUGAGGGUGCUGCCAUGAGCUCAAUGCGCCAGUGGCUGUACCAAACCUGUGCCGAGUACGGAUGGUAUCAGAUUUCGGGCUCGUCCAAGCAGAUCUUUGGUUCCAGCUUCCCGGUCGACUUGUUCGUGAAGUUGUGUGGUGAUCUGUACGAUGGAUUCUUCGAUAAGACGAGAAUGAUGAACAAUGCCGACAGGACGAACGUCAUCUACGGCGGAUGGAAUCCGGAAGUGACGAACGUCUUCUUCACUCAGGGUCAACUUGAUCCUUGGCGUGCGAUGGGCAUCCAGCAGGAUCUGAACGAUCAGUCCCCGGCUGUCGUCAUUCCAGGAGCUGCCCACUGUGCCGAUUUGAGCUCAAUCACCGCCCAAGAUUCGGCUGAAAUGCGAGCAGCGAAGGAAAAGAUUCUGGAGCUGGUAAAGAAAUGGCUAGCCUAAAGCUUCGGUUUGUUUCUCUGUUUGUUUACGGAUUAAAAUUGUCUACGUACUUGUA